AUGCCCUUCGAACAAAAGGAGUUCUCACCCGCUCCACCCCUCCCACACCCAGGAACCCCGAUAGACUCCCCCGCCGCGAAGCCGUGGUACUCCGUCGGCACGGGGAUCUGGGAGUUGCUCCUAAACGGAGAUGCAGAGCACAAGGCUGUUCUCCAAUGGUGGGAACCGAACGUUACAACUGCGCCUGGGCCGAUCACACACUCCUUCACCGAAGAGGUGUGUUUCUUGCAGGGAGGCCUGGAAGAUCUUACCCUGCAACGGGCAUGGACUGUGGGUGCGUAUGCGUAUCGCAAGCCUGGGAUGAAACAUGGGCCGUAUCGGGCGUUGGGGGAGGGCUGUUUAAUGUUUGUUAAGGUCGUGCCUGGUUUCCCCUAA